AUGGAGCGCUCCACCUUGACAGAAGAACGAUUAAUGACACAACACAAUCUGAACCGGCCUCAGUCACCACCUGCACCUCGUCUUGCUCGAGCCAGUGUUUUUAGCACUGCACACACCAAUAGACCCAACCCCAAUGCCACCAUCAAUACCAUCCGUUAUCCACCUCGCAUUCCAAGAUUAAGGCGACUAUCACAAGCGAUUGUGAGAGCUGCGAAUGGCAUGACCACAGAACGGCCUAGUAGCAUCAGCUCAGCAGUCUCCAUGACUAGAAACGUGCACAGAGAACCAGGGUCUUCCAUUGAUCCCGACGCAUACCAUCGCAUUAGCAGUAGUGACAGUGCUCAUGAAGAAGACGAUGUGAUUCUCAACAACAGUAUAUACGAUCUGCACUGUGUGUCUGAUGAAAAGGCGGUUGAUUUAGCUCAAAUGUGCAAUGUGGAUAUUCAAAAGGCGCCGUCGAAUACAAGCUAUGUUGCAUUGGAGUUUGGGGUGGUAUCAGAAGAUGGAGGACAGUACAGCUCAACGUACAGUAUACACAAUAUACUCAAGAAUGACGGUACAGUGUAUUGCUCUGAGCGAUGUGGCACCAUCAACAUAUUGCUGAGAUAUCGAGGUUGGGAAGGCAUGAAGAAUCAACGUAGUAAAUAUUGCGUGCUAUCGCACAUUGUCAUCAAAUCACCUACCCAUGGAUAUACCGCACCGUGCAAAGAAGGCAUGAUAUUCAUGUCGCAUAAGCCUAUUGAUAUUGAAAGCACCCGCGCGUUUGACUUGUUUACCAAAGACAACUUUGAAAGAUACACGCACAUGAAUCACGACAAUUUAGACGAUACAGAUCCAAUCGCAUGGUUCAGUGCUUCAGAUCAACGUCAAUGUGUAGUGGACAUGCAAGAAAAGAGCGGAAGAUAUGUUUUAAUCAAAUUACUGCGAGCAGACUAUGAAUCCGAGAAUAUGGAUUUGCAAUACAUUGGGUUUGUCGGUUAUACAGGAAGCAGGUGUUUUGCAAAGGCAAAGAUUUGCUAG